AGAACGGCAACUUGUCGCUCCCUUUCAAUAUUCGCACACUCGUCGUUGAGGCAGCAACACCCACCUGUUGUUGGUUCCUGCUCAACUGGUGUUAUCGCCGUAGUGUGAGUGCGUUUGUCUGGCGCGAGUGUGUGUGUGUGUAUGCGUGCGUCUGCAUUAAUAUUGUGUAGCAUACUUUGUGGCGCGAACCGAGCAAAUCCAUCGAACCAUAUGGCAGCAUAAAUUGUCAGUGCCAAUCAGUUUGUGAGGAAGAUUUACAAUUAGCUUAUCGUGCCCCCGCCAUGUCGGAGCACUCGACACAGAGGCAGCAAUCCCAAGCAGCUGCUGUCCAGCUAAAUGCCCCGGCCAGACGCUGUUCAACGCCCGGUAAUGGCAGCAGUAAUCGAUGUCUAAUUGCAGUGAUUGUCUACCUGGCCCUGCUACUAGAUAACAUGCUGCUGACCGUGAUUGUGCCUAUUUUGCCAGAUUACUUGGCCGGACUGGAUCUGGAGGCCUCCACUCCGCUGGUGCUUAGCCUGGAGGAGACAACCCCAUCCUCAAAGCUGUCCCAUCUCUAUCGCAGUGGAGAGAUGCUCGGUGGCGGCCAUCAGCUACAUACUGCCAAACAUCCCAUUCCCGGCAAAUCGAUGGUCAAUUUUACGUUGCUUCAGAUCUCCACAGAGCGCCCAACAACGACCACAAUCACGCCCACGCCCACACCCACGCCCACAGCUACGGCUACGGCCACGGCACUAAUUCUAGAUAUCGUCCAGUCGGGCGGCACUAAUGCGACCUCCUCCACCAGCAAGGUACCGUCCGAGAGCCUUAUAGCCAGCAAUGUGCACUCGAACAGCAACCGAAGCCUGACCUUGGCGCAGGAGAACGGAUCCAUUGGCCUGCUGCUCGCCAUGAAGGCCCUGGUGCAAUUAAUUUUCAAUCCGAUUGUCGGCAACGCGACCGGCAAGUUUGGCUACCGCCUGCCUAUUGUGGUGGGUACCUUCUUCCUGCUCGUCUCCUCAUUGGUGUUCACUGUGGGCGAAUCCUAUUGGGCGCUAUUGGUGGCUCGUGCCGUUCAGGGCGUGGGCUCUGCGUGCAUCAAUAUCUGCGGCAUGAGUCUGGUGGCCCAAAACUAUCCCGAGGAGGCACGUCGCUCCAAAGUAAUGGGCAUCAUCUUGGGCAGUAUUGCAUUGGGCGUGCUGCUCGGCUAUCCGUUCGGCGGGAUCCUUUACGAUCUGUUGGGGAAAUCGGCCCCCUUCAUCAUACUCUCAACGUUUAUAUUCUUUAGCUUGGGCCUGCAGCUGCUGACGUUGGAUCUGUCUGUCCAGCCGGAGGUGGUGGUGGAGGAAACUCCCAAGUGGCGGCCACUCCUCGAGUGCAAAAUGAUCCUGGCCAUCGUGCUGGCCAUCUGGUUCUCAACGUCCACGAUGGCCAUGCUUGAGCCGUGCUUGCCCAUCUGGUUGAUCCAGUACUUGAAGCCGAACAAAUGGCAGCUGGGAACUGUCUUCAUACCCGAUUCGGUGGGCUACUUUGUGGGCACCAAUUUCUUUGGAAGCGUAGCCUAUCGCUUUGGCCAGGUGAAGGUCUCCUGCAUUAGUCUGCUGCUGGUGGGAAUCGCCUCGAUUUUGAUACCCAGCGCGACGACUGUAAGCCAACUACUAUUGCCGCAUUUUGCACUGGGUCUUGGCAUUGGGGUAAUUGAUGCCGCUCUGGUUCCUCUGCUGGCCACCUUUGUAGAUGCAACAUUGGCCCAAGAGGAGCAGGGUGAGGUCACCACACCCAUUUCCAGCUACGGCACUGUCUAUGCCAUACAACAGACAUCCGUCAGCCUGGCGUACUGCUUGGCUCCAUUGAUUGGUGGGGAGUUGGCUCAGACCUUUGGCUUUGCCUGGCUCAUGCGCAUAGUGGGCAUAUGCAACAUGAUCUAUGGUCCCGUUCUGGUCUAUCUUUAUCACAAAUACGAUCCAAAGAUCCUAAGAGAACAACAUAAUGACAUGCUGCUCCAAAGCAGUGGUCGUGGGUCCCGUUAUAAACAGCUGUACAACUCCAUGGACGUGGAAUAGACCACGAUUCCUCGUAAAUACUAAGCAAUCAAUGAAAAGAAUUACUUUCGUUCUUCAUUUUUUUGUCUCAUCUAAAGCAAUAUAUUGGGAGAUGAUUUUUCUGUACCCAAGGAAGAGGAGGGGAUAUAAUAACCUAGUCUCCAGGCAUUCAAUUCAUUUUCAUUCAAAUAUCUCUCGAAUCUCCGAAAGCCAAAAUCACUUAACAAUGUUUCCAACGCAGUCAAGAUAGUCGUAAUCAACAUUUCAAAU